GGCAGCCAUUUUUUAACCGCCUCCCGCCCGCCAUAUAAGGAAAUGAUGGGCAGGGGCAGCUCUCUCAUUCUGGGAGGACAUCAAAUGGCAUCCUCCCACUCCAUGCAUGUCCCCGGGGGCGCUGUGGUGUGCUGUGUUCCUGAGACACAGCGGAUCACCGAUCACAGGCAUUAAUGAUCAGUGUAGCCCCAUCAGUGCCACCUGUCAGUGCCCAUCAGUGUCACCUUUAAGUGCCCAUCAAUGCCACAUAUCAGCGCCCAUUAGUGCACAUCAAAGCCACAUAUCAGUGCCCAUCAGAGUCACCAAUCAGUGCCGCCUAUUAGUGCCCGUCAGUGCAGCCUAUCAGUGCCCAUCAGUGCCGCCUACCAGUGCCCAUCAGUACUGCCUAUUAGUGCCCGUCAGUGCCACAUAACAGUUCCAAUCAGUG